AAUUAUCUCUUUACCUCUUGUGCUUUUCUUCCAGACCAAAGCCUCUCGGGUUUCUCAAGCCCAAACAGAUCUGGACAUAGCGUUUUCUUCCUCGAGCUCGAAGAUGGAGACAGCAAUGGAGGUAUACAAUGACGUUGAGAUGAGUUCACCACCGAUCAAGCGACGCAAGAAGAAGUCAAAGGUGUGGGAGCACUUCACCAUCGGUGUUACAGAGCCAGGUUGCAGAAGGGCUUUCUGCAAGGGCUGUAACCAGAGCUUUGCUUACAGCAGUGGCACCAAAGUGGCUGGGACUAGCCACCUCAAGCGUCACAUCGACAAAGGGACAUGUCCUGCUCUUCUUCAUCACCACACCCACCAUGACAACAACGACAACAACGACAACAACAGCAGCCAACAGAUGAUGACGACUCCCAAGAGCGACCACACUCCGAGGAGGCGUUACCGAACACAGAACACUUACGUCCCGUUUGAUCAGGACAAGUGUCGCCACGAGGUUGCUAAGAUGAUCAUCAAGCAUGACUACCCUCUUCACAUGGUCGAGCAUCCAGGGUUCGUCUCCUUCGUGCAGGCGCUUCACCCUCAGUUCGACAAUCUGAGCUUCAACAACGUGCAAGGGGACUGCGUGGCGACUUACCUCUCCGAGAAGCAGAACGUUAUCAAGUCUCUGGAAGGGAUCCCUGGACGCUUGUGUCUCACGCUGGACAUGUGGACGUCCAAGCUGACUCUUGGCUACGUGUUUAUCACGGGUCACUUCAUUGAUAAUGACUGGAAGAUACAGAAGAAGCUUCUCAAUGUUUUGAUGGAGCCUUAUCCAGAAUCCGAAGAAGCGCUGAGUCUCGCUGUUGCUAACUGUGUUUCAGAGUGGGGUCUUGAGGGGAAGCUGUUCUCUGUUGCCUUCAACUAUCCCGCGAGUAAGACCGCAGUUGAGAAUAUCAGAUCUCUGCUCUGUGUCAGGAACCCUGGGGUUCUGGAUGGUCAGUUGGUGAUAGGGAACUGUGUGGCCAGAACGUUCAGUGCCCUUGCUAAAGAUGUUCUUGAUAAAGGCAAAGACGUGAUCAAGAAGAUACGGGACAGUGUGAAGCACGUGAAGACCUCAGAGUCUCACGAGGAGAGGUUUGUUGAGCUCAAGGAGCAGCUUCAAGUUCCUAGCGACAAGGUGCUCUGUCUUGAUGAUAAGACGCAGUGGAACACAACUUAUAACAUGCUUGUGGCUGCUUCGGAGUUGAAGGAAGUGUUCUCUUGUUUAGACACUGCUGAUCCUGACUUCAAGCAGCCUCCUUCAGCAGAAGAUUGGAGGCACGUGGAGAGUCUUUGCACGUUCCUGAAGCCUCUUUACGAAGCAGCCUCCACUCUUCAGUCUACCGGAAACCCUUCUGCGGUUACCUUCUUCCAUGAAGUGUGGAAGACACAGUCUGAUCUCUCUCGUGCCAUAGCGGGAGAGGAUCCUUAUGUAGCUGGUAUAGCUAAAACCAUGAAGGAGAAGGUUGACAAGUACUGGAGGGAGUGUAGCUUGGUUCUGGCGAUGGCGGUUGUGAUGGAUCCUCGGUUCAAGAUGAAGCUAGUUGAGUUCAGCUUCUCCAAGAUAUUCGGAGAAGACGCUGGGAAGAACAUCAAGACCGUGGACGAUGGGAUCCACGAGCUCUUCAACGAGUACAUGGCACUCCCUGCGCCUCUAAAGCCAGCAUCCGAAGCAGACGGGCUGUCUGAUUUCGACAACUACAUACUGGAGACAACAGGGCAGAACCUCAAGUCAGAGCUGGACCAGUACCUUGACGAAACGCUGCUUCCUCGUGUUCAGGAGUUUGAUGUUCUCGACUGGUGGAAACAGAACAAGCUCAAGUACCCGACACUGUGCAAGAUGGCUAGAGACAUCCUCUCCAUCCCGGUCUCAGCUGCAGCCUUCGACUACGUGUUUGACAUGGAACCGAGGGAGAUGGAUGAGUACAAGACGUCGCUGAGGCCUGAGACUGUGGAGGCUCUGAUUUGCGCCAGGGAAUGGCUUCUUGAGAGUGAAGCAGCAUCUUCUCAGCAAAUGUCGAGUGCUAUUGUCAACGCUGAAGCCUAGGGGUGAGAGACUUUGGUUUGUGUAUCUAUAAUCCGUGUUGUUUUCUACUACUUAAAAGCAUUUGGACGUUGCUUUGUUUAUCUCUAAUCCUUGCUGUUUCCUACUACUACUUAAAGCAUUGGGACUUUGCUUCGUUUUAUCUCUAAUCCUUGUUGUAUUAUUAUUCUACUACUUAGUUGUGUGGUUACUGGUUAGUCUUAAUCCCACCCUGUGAUUUGCAAUUAGUAAUUUUCAUUUGAAGUUGCUUCUU